GCAAAAGUGACGUCAUUCCUCAAAGUUUUGGGAAGAAGAUUUCAGAAAAAUCAGGUGAACUGAAGAUUGCAUUAAAACCAAAGAGAGGCUGAACAAACGAGACCAUGCCCUUAUUUGGCAAGUCUCAAAAAUCUCCGCAAGACCUUGCUAAGUCGUUGCAUGAUAACCUCAACAUCUUGAGUAAGGGUGAGAAAAAAGCUAAGGUGUCAGAUGAAGUGUCAAAAACAUUAGUUGCCAUGAAGAUAAUGUUAUAUGGGACUGACCAGCAGGAACCACAGACAGAACUUGUAGCCCAGUUGGCUCAGGAGUUUUAUAAUUUGGGCCUCCUCCUACUCAUUGUACAGAAUCUACAAAAAAUUGACUUUGAGGGUAAGAAAGACGCUGCCCAGAUAUUCAACAAUCUUCUACGUCGUCAGAUAGGGGUCCGUUCACCGACGGUAGAACACGUUUUUACAAAAUCUGAAAUACUAAUUAUACUAAUGAAAGGAUAUAAAACACAAGAAAUUGCUUUAAACUGCGGACAGAUGUUGCGAGAAUGUUGUCGAUACGAGCCUUUAGCUAGGUUCAUGCUCAAUUCAGAUGAAUUCUACGAUUUCUUUGAAUAUGUCAAAGUUUCUACAUUUGAUGUUGCAUCAGAUGCAUUUACCACAUUUAAGGAUUUGCUGACGAAACAUAAGAUACUUUGUGCUGAGUUCUUGGAAAAAAAUUAUGAGAGGAUCUUCACUGCUUAUAGGGCACUUCUCGAUUCAGAGAACUAUGUCACCCGAAGACAGGCGCUCAAGCUGUUGGGUGAACUCCUAUUAGACCGUCACAAUUUCACAACUAUGACACGCUAUAUUAGUAACCCAGAAAACCUGAAGCUUAUGAUGAACAUGCUACGUGAUAAAAGCAGGAAUAUCCAAUUUGAGGCAUUUCAUGUCUUUAAGGUAUUUGUCGCCAACCCGAACAAACCACAGCCGAUCUUAGAUAUUUUGUUGAAAAAUAGAACCAAACUGGUAACAUUUUUGCAAAAAUUUCACACGGAUCGUACCGAAGAUGAACAAUUUAACGAUGAAAAAGCAUACCUCAUUAAACAGAUUAAUGAGCUCAAGGAGGGAUAACAAAAAGAUUUGUUCUAGAAGAUUCUAUACAUCCUGUACCUAAAUAUCAAGGGGUCAUUGUUUGAGAUAUAAAAUAAAGACGUAGUGGAAUAUCUAACGGAUUUAUGAACAGAUUUCGAUGAAAUGUACUUCAUUGUAACAAAAUGCCACAAAAUUGGUCAUUCGGUCUUGUUUUUGAGAAAGAGAAUGAAAUUGCAAUGACCUCCUUGAUGUUUAGGGAUUAAGAAGGAAUUAUUGUAAAAUAGUGAUGCCCUCAUGAAUUAAUUGUUUGUUAACGAUGUAAAAUAUUCCAGGAAGUUGGGAUCUCUGUUAUGAUAUCCCAUAAUGCAUUUGGAGAGUUGGUUGCAGACGAUAGUUGAAACUAAUCUGUGGCUUUGAAUAAAAUGCCAGCUUAAUGUGGCAUGCGAGAAGAUAUUUUGAAUAAGCUGUAAAUACAAUUAUGUCAAUCAAUGUAGGAAAAACUUUGUGCAAAAGCAAUUUGUUUAUUCAUAUUGCUCGAUUUUAUAUGCAGUUUUAGUCAUAAAUACAAUUAGUUUAUUACAUGUGUAUCGAAAAAUCUAUUUUUAUUGGCCUCAGUUGGGAAUUCAUUGCUAUUAUUUUUUGUCAAAUAUUGAAGCUGGCUUGAGGCAAAGGUGCCAUGUUAGGUUUAGUUGAGUUAUACAUAAAAGGGUCAGCAUGUGUAGUUCUGAUCUCAAUUUGAACAAAAUGUUUCUAAUUCGUUGUGAUAUGAAACCGGCACCAUCAACAAGCAUAGAAAGAAGAGUUAGUAUUCCGUUUGAAAUAAUCUCUUCUGAAAUAAUCAAAGCUCAAUAUUGCUUCUGAAGAAAGUGCAUAUAUUUAAUUAACUUCCUAAAUUGAAAAAGAUGAGCACAGUAAAAUAUAAUUUAAAACUUUUUUUUAGGAUUUGUAAUUUUCAGAAAAGAAGUUUUAAACCAAGUCUAUUGAGUCUAUUGAUUUUGCAAGUUUUGGACCAUCAUGAAUUAUUAUGAACAUUUAGGGUUGUUAAGAAUCAGAAAUACAAACACUGCCCUUUAAAAGUAUUUGAAUAUUCUCUAAGUUGUUCAUUUAGUCCUUUACAUUUUUUCAUGCUCCUCAGUACAUGUGAAAUACAUCAUGAUCCCUCUUUGGAUAAAAUAAACUGUGUCACUAUUGGGAUAAUGGCAUACAAAUCUGCCACCUUAAAGUUUCCCAUGCUUUAUCAAGAUAACUAAAAAUCUGAAACUUUUGCCUAGACAACAUUCUUUUAAAUACUGUAGCAUGAUAAAAUUGACGGAUUGUUCAUGGAGGAUUGGAUCCCAGAAUGCAAUUUUGAUAUUCUUUUGUUUCGUUUGGUGCAUAUACUAAACCCCGGGUUUUAAACAAACCCUUGUCGUGAUUAUGAAAUUCAAAAUUAAACAGUUAGCCAUUUUCACUUCAGACUUCGAAUCGUGAGUUUUGCUCUUAUAAUCUUAUUACAUAACAAAAAUUUCAUGACACACAAGAAGUGAUCAAGAUAUUAGCACAAA